CCAGAGCAGAGGCCGGCGCGAUGGAGCUGAGCGGGAUUCUGGGGGGCUCGGUCACUUUCCCCACGGGGGUCCCAGCAGAGCAAUUUAAAACUGCUGCCUGGACAGUAAACACAGCUAACAGCAUAGCCACGGUGGGAGCAGGAAACCCCCCCGCUCUCAUUGUGUCACACUCAUCCUACGAGGGACGCCUGACAGUCUCUGCCCAGAACUACUCCCUGCAGAUCAGCGGCCUGAGGGCGGAGGACACGGGCACCUACAGCGCUCAGAUCACCAUGGCCACCGGCACCGUCCACAGACAAAACUUCACGCUGCGCGUGUACAAACGACUGGCAGAGUCGGACAUCACAGUCACCCCCGUGCUGGGCUCAGUGAACACUGUGAAUGGGACAUGUAGCAUCACCCUGAACUGCACCGUGCAGGGGGCAGGAGAGGACGUGAACUGCACCUGGAACCAGACAGAGGCCAGCACUGUCAUCUCCACAGGGCCGUCUAUUCACAUCUCGCACAGACUGGGAGACGAGGGCGCCUCUGUUACCUGCAUGGCCAGGAACCCCGUCAGCAGCAGCUCAAAAUCCAUCUCCCUGAAGGAAGUGUGUGCAGCAAGCUCAGCACAAUCCGGCGACAGCGGUCUGAGCGCUGGAGUUAUCGUUUUGAUAGUUGUUUGUGCUGGUGCUGCUGUGGGGGGUGUGCUGUACCAGCGGAAGAGGAGAAGAGGUGAGUUUGUUCCCUGGGCUGGACCAGCAGCUGCCAUAGCGCCCGCGGCGUGA